UCUCUUUCUCUUUCUCUUUCUCUUUCUCUUUCUCUUUCUCUUUAUCUUUCGCUUCCUCUUUCUCUUCUCCUCUUCCUCUUUUGCCUAGAAAACGCGAAUGUACCUUUUAAAAAGGGGCUAAUUUCUGAACACUUGUUACGUCAGACUCUUAUCACGGUCCGAGAUAGAAUGUAGGUUACGAAUCGACUGUUUACGUAGGAAGAACUACUACAACGAUGAAAAUAUUAACUAACUUUUUCAUAUUUAUUUACCUGAUUUUACGUCAUAUUACAGCGAACACGAUCCUUCUUUGCGUACAUACGUGUGUAUGUCAUAUGAUGUAUAUACAAACGUUCGAAUCGAGUAUAAUAAUAGAUAAUAAUAAUAUUUCUUUUAUACCUAUAUUCCCUCUCCCCAUUCUCUUUCUCUCUCUCUCUCUCUCUCACUCACCCUCUCUCACUCUCUCUCUUUCUCUCUCUCUCUCUCUCUCUCUCUCUCUCUCUCUCUCUCUCUCUCUCUCUCUCUCUCUGAGUUACUCGAAAUCCGUAUUUCGAUCGAUUUCACUGCUCGUUGCUUUGCUCGGUCGUUGCUCGUACAAAAGUUAACACAUUUCUUUGAUCCUACAAACGCAUAAAUGAAUCAAUAAUAAUAAUAAUAAUAAUGAUAAUAAUAAUAAUUCAACAAUUUUUCAAUGCAUAUAUAAUUACGAUUUUUCUUUUUCUCAAAAGAUAACCUUUAAAUAAUACGCGAUAAAAAAAGAACUUCUAAUACGAAUAAUAUUAUUGAUAUUAACUGACCUUAAUGUUCUUUUUAUAUAAAACGUCGAUUUUAUUAUUAUUAUUAACGACGUACCUAAGAAAAGCUAAGAAGAUACAUAUGUAUGUAUGUUACAUAUGUACAUAUGUACGUAUAUGCAGGUCAGUGGUUCUUAACAUUUUCUCAAGUACGAGAAUCCCUAUUUAACCUCAAAAAAGAAAUGUUACAGAAUCUUUUCGCGUUUGUCUCUCAUUUAUUUUACCAUCGAUAGGAAAUUCGUAUAUAGACGACGUGUUAAUCCAAUUAUAAUUAAUUGUUAUUUUAAUGAUUUCUUUUUUUUUCUUUUUUUUACUCUAUACUCACGACUUCCGUCUUCUCUAAUUCCUUGGUUCAAAGACUAGAGAUACCGGAUGAAGAGUAUCAACGUUUAUUAACUACGUACAUAUGUACAAGUGUUUAAAGUAAUCAACGUUAAUAAAUAACGUAAAAUGAUACUUACGAUUAUUUAUUUAUUUAUUUAUUUAUUACGUAAAAGACUAAUAUGAUUAACGUUUAAUCGAUAAAUAUCUUGUAUUAUGUAUUAUUUUGUUACGUAAAAAUAACAAUGUAUUUGGUAUAUAUCAACGUCAAAUUUGAAAUUUCAGUGAGCUUGCGAGAUAGAGUCAAUGAAAUGUUUAAUUAAUCGAACUUAUCAAAAUUUAUACGAAGAAUUACUCGUCGAUAAAAAUAAUCGAUGGGUAAUAAAAUGGCUAAUAAAAACGUAUCGAUAAAAAUUUCAUUGUUAUUCUUUUCAUAGUAUCAUAGUACAGUUUUGUUCUAAUAUCUAAAAAAUUAGCGUAGUGUUUAUCGUCGGGCAUUCAAAAAUUACAAAGAGGGAAUUGAUUAAUAAAAAUAAUAGGAAUGUACAAAUAUAUUGGAAUCGAUGAGAAGAGUUCGAUGCAAGCUAGAACGUUGAACGGUGAUUUGUUGAUAAGAGAAUAUCCGCGUAAUUUGAAAUCGGAUAUUAAAACGAAGAAGAUAUUUCGAUUUUGUAAUUCACCGAAUGACAUUAAAACAGAGGUCGAAGGAAAAAUUGACGGGAGUUUAACAUUGGGCGGUAUAGUGAUGUUUAUUCGUCAUGGAGAUCGAGGACCCUUGGCUCAUAUAAGAAAUAUAAGCGCAGUUAAUUGCGGCGGCGACUUUGGUACACUUCCGGAAUUAGAAAACGUUUAUUCAAAUUAUCUAGCUUUUCUACAAAACGUCUCGAGUUAUUCCAGAACGGCAUGGGCACAAUUUUUAGGACCAUUCCAUGGUUUUCCAAUGUUACCAAGUAAUUCAAAGGAUUGUAAGAUAGGACAACUUACGACGCUCGGUAUUGGACAAUUGUUAAAAACCGGAAUCACAUUGAGAAAUGCGUAUUACCAUAAGCUUAAUUUAGGAAACGGUACUAUAUCAAGCAAGGAUGUAGUUGUUUAUAGUACCAGAUAUAGAAGAACGGUACAGAGUGCCGUUGCAUUGUUGUAUGCGCUAUUAGAAAAUGAUACCUUUCAAAAUCUUGCUAAGAUAACGUUACAGGAAAGUCAAAGUUAUGCAUUUUGUAACGUCGAUUGUGUCUGUCCAGCUGCCGAAAGAUUUUUUAAGCAACACUUAAAGGAAAUGUCAGAUCAUUUGAAAUCUCAUCCGGCAGUGACCGAUUUGAUAAGACAGGCAUCGAACGCGGUUUUCGAAAUUCCAGAACAAGCUCAAUCCAUUGAUCCAAAUACCUUAAGAGACGCUCUAUUAACUUACGUCUGUCACGGUGCCUCCUUGCCAUGUGUAGACUUUGAAACGCAACGAAUUUGCGUUAAAACCGAACACGUAACUGGUCUUUUCGCAUAUACCGAAUGGGAAGCUAAACAACUUGCUAAGAGUAACAGUAGAAAAAAAUAUGGUUUACUUAGAGCAUACGGACUAUUACGUAGUAUAGUAACUUAUAUGCUUCGCAUUAUAUCUGAAGCGAAACCAAAAAUAGUUUUAUACUCUGGUCACGACAAAACAUUAGAAUAUCUUGCCACUGCGUUGGGCAUAGUAUCCGAUAGAGUAACUAUACCGCAUUAUGCUUCUCGUUUUAUUAUCGAAGUAUAUAAGAUUAAUUCUAAAAACGAGGAUCACGUUGCCAGUGAUUUUUAUUUUCGCGUAUUGAUUAAUGGUAAAGAUUUCACGCAAAAAAUACCAUUUUGUAGAAAUGCCAAUUUUUAUAGCGCGACGUACGUCGAACACGAUGACACUAACAAAACGAAAAGAGAUUCUAAGCUCUGUCCGAUCGAAACGAUUAUAAGACACUUGCACGAUGAUUAUUUUGUACCUUUCAAUGCAACCAAUUUUAAAGAUGCAUGCUCCGCCAGAAAACACGUAUAGUUUUAAUUAUAAGAUAUAUAAUCGAUGAAAGACCACGAACUGUUAAUUUUUGUUUAAUUAUAACAUAAUUAAUUUAUAAUUAGAAUAAGUCAUUCUGUUUAUACCAAUUCUUAUAAAAAGUUAUGUUCUAAUUUUAUUAUAUAUUUUAUAUAGUUUAUUUUUAUAUAUAUAUAUAUAUAUAUUUUUUUUUUUUUCUUCAACAUUCCUUAAUGCGUUUUUAUAUACCUGUAAAUAAUCUAUAUUGAAAUAUUUAAAAGGAGCAAUCAAGACAAUGACUGUAGAUAAUUUAAUUUUUAAUAUAAUGUCAUAUAUUAAUAUCGAAAAGAAAGUAUUAGAUGAUAUUCUAAUAAGACUUACACACGUAUUAUUAUUGCAUUGCGAGAUAUAAUAAUUUUCAUUGAAAGCGAGCAAAGGAAAACAAAAAAAAUAAAUAAAUAAA